CUCAAAUACACGCGUCGCCACUUCAUUUGAUCUCUCUCUAUCUGCUUUUUGUUAAUCUCUCUGCCUGGAACUGCAACCAAAAACUGUCCAUUGACACUGUUCUCCUUUUUUUCUCUAUUUGAACAAGCAUGGGUUUAGGCCAUAAAAUCAGGACCGGAUAUGCGAAGCUCAGCUUUCUUUCGAGACUGGCUCGUCAGUCUCAUGAUGCUAAGACUCUUCCAGCAUUGCCCUGCCAAAUCAUGAAGCAAGAUGGAGAUAGACUACGAUCCCUUGCACUCUUUGGGGCAGGGGUCUCAGGGCUUUUGGGUUGUGCUACCAUAGCUUAUUCUGAUGAGGCUGAGCAUGGUUUGGCGGUUCCUAACUAUCCUUGGCCUCAUCAAGGCAUACUAAGCUCAUAUGACCAUGCUUCUAUCCGUAGGGGUCACCAGGUCUACCAACAAGUCUGUGCUUCUUGUCAUUCAAUGUCUCUAAUCUCAUUUCGAGAUCUCGUUGGUGUGGCGUACACCGAAGAAGAAACAAAGGCUAUGGCAGCUGAGAUUGAAGUGGUUGAUGGCCCUAAUGAUGAGGGUGAGAUGUUCACCCGACCUGGUAAGCUUAGUGAUCGUUUCCCACAGCCAUAUGCAAAUGAACAAGCAGCUAGGUUUGCCAAUGGAGGUGCAUAUCCCCCAGACUUAAGCCUUAUCACCAAGGCUCGUCAUAAUGGCCAGAACUAUGUGUUUGGUCUUCUAACCGGUUAUCGUGAUCCUCCUGCUGGUAUCUCGAUUCGAGAAGGUCUGCAUUAUAACCCUUACUUUCCUGGCGGUGCAAUAGCUAUGCCGAAAAUGCUUAACGAUGGUGCUAUUGAAUAUGAAGAUGGUACUCCAGCUACAGAGGCCCAAAUGGGGAAAGAUGUGGUGACAUUUUUAUCAUGGGCAGCUGAACCGGAAAUGGAAGAGAGAAAACUGAUGGGGUUUAAGUGGAUAUUUGUGCUAUCACUUGCACUUCUCCAAGCAGCUUAUUACCGGCGUUUGAAAUGGUCAGUUUUGAAAUCCCGAAAACUGGUGCUUGAUGUUGUCAAUUGAUUCCCUUCUGUUUAUUUGAGAAAAGAUAGAUUGGUAAUAAUUAAUUCAUUAAACUGCUAAUACAGUUGGAGAGAUUGAUCUCCUUUUCCCUGUACUAUUUCUUUACUUAGCUAAAGAAUAAGCUGCAUUGAAUUGUAUUAGGAUCAGAAACCUAAGUUACUCGGAUUUGGGUGUGAAUAUUGGAUUUGAGUAUGUAUUUGACGUAUGUAUGUUUAAUUUAUAUAAAA